CCUGUGUUAAAUUCGCAUCUCCCUUCCCGAUUCUCAGCAUCUACUCUUUUGAUCAUCGCGCUACUAAAUCGACGGCCCAGAUUUCCCCUCCCACCACUAUAACAUACUCCCACGCAACAACAUCACAAAACCACCUUCCCUUCAGAAAAAUGGAGGCCGCAUUGGAUUCUCCGCUGGAAGCUCUCGCCUUCAAUUACCUGAGCUACGGCCUCCUCACCGCCGUCAACAACAUUUGGCCCUGGCUCGCCGUCGUCACCGCCGCCGUCAGCUUCUGGCGAAUUAGGGUUUUAUCGACUCCAAUCGCCGCCGCCACCGUGCCGGAGAUGGUGGAGGAGAUUAUUGCGGCGGUGGAGGAGGAGCAGGCUGCUGCUCCGGCUAGAUCAGCGCCGUGUGUGGUGGCGGAGGGGCAGGGGAUCACGAAGAUGAAAUUCAGUUUGUAUUACGCGGAGGAGGACGAGGAGGAGGAAUUUGGGGGCGAUGACGGCGGCGAGAGUGAGGAGUGCGGCGGGGCGGGGGCGGGUGUGGGAGAUUGGGAAGGGGUGAUUGCGAUGAGAAUGGGGGAUAUGGGGUGGUACAGGUGGCAGGAUAGGACGGUGUUGAGCGGCAACGUGGUGCGGUUGUGGGAAGGGCGGAGGAGGAGACACGCGGCGGCGAAAGCGGUGGAUGGUGGCUUCGUGUGGUUGGUGGGUGGGACAAUGAUGACAGAUUAUAAAAAAUUGUGAAUAUAUUUUGUUUUUUUUUAUAAAUUAAAUCAAAUAAAAGCAGCACUGGUAUUUUGUUGUUACAGGCUUACAUGGAUUAGAUCAUUUUGAGUAAAACUCUGUUACACAGAUUUGAAAAUUUGUGAAUUGCUAGUUUACGUAUUAAUUCUAUUUUAGUGAAUAUUUGAUGCAUA